CCGGGGCCAUGGCCGGCCGUGCCCGCUGGCUGCCGGCGCUCCCGGCGCUGCUGCUGCUGCCGCUGCUGCCGCCGGGGCUGCCCCGCCGCCCCUCGGGCUGCGCCGCCCGCGGGCUCUGCUGCCCCGGCCGCGACCGCGGCUGCCUGAGCACCGGCCGGCGGCCCGACGGCUCCUCCGGGCCCUGCUACUGCGACCAGGCGUGCGCCCGCACCCUCGACUGCUGCCACGACUACACCCACACCUGCCCAGCUAUCCCCUGUGUCGUGUCCCAGUGGAGUGCCUGGAGUGGCUGUGCAGAGCCUUGCAAGACAACCUAUCGAGUCCGGACGAGGCACAUCAUCCAGGAGCCCAGGAACGGGGGAGAGGCAUGUCCUGCUCUGGAGGAGAGGGCUGGCUGUGUGGAGUACUGGACUCGGCCAGGAACAGAGUGCCAGCAGUCCCUGAUCCCAGCAUUAAUAACUACAGGAGGGUUUGGAAAAGCGAGGAAGAAAAGAGCUGCAGCUGAUGGCAGUGAAGGGGCAGGGUACUGUGUGGAGUUCCAGCUGGUGUCCCUGGCGCCGGGCUGCCUGCACAGCCAGCCCUGGACGAGCCAGCUCAGGGAGGGGCUGACGGUCUGCGUGGAGUGCCAGCACCCAGCCCUGCAGCCCCUGAGGCAGCACUGCCACGGGGACGGCUCCGGCAGCCUGCAGAACCAGCUGUUGCACUGGCAGGCAGUGGGGAACCCUCGAUGCAAGGGAACCUGGAGCAGAAUUCGCCGACUGGACACUUGUUCCUGCCCUUCUGGUCACAGCUUCUUGUUCAUCUGACUUCCCCUGGCAGAGCCAGCAAGCCCCAGCGUGCGGCAGCAGCCGAGCCCCGGCCGGAGCAGGGACUGCUCCAUCUCAGAGGCUUGGCCUUCCCUGCCUUCCCGGAGGUCGCUGGCUGGACAGGGGCACCUGGAAUCCUCUCUGUCUGUGUGUGCUCCUCCAUUUCCAAGAAAAUCAGGCUGGCAAGUGCCAAUCUCUUUUUUCCCUGUGAGAAUCUUUUCUGACCUUGAUGACUUCUUGCAAUUCCUCCUUUCUUGAAAGGAAUGAGAAUUUACCAAAUAGCAAAUCAAACAAAAAAGGCCAUAAGAAGGCAGGUUUAAUUAUUCUUUUUUUAAAGUCUUAAUGAAGAAUCAACAAUGCAAAAUAAAUUAAUCCAAGUGCCUUCUUUUUGUGGCAACAGCACUUUGUGGAUACUUCCUGCUCGUGCUUGUGAAUCUGUUCCUUCUAUUUUCAUCCUCCCUGGUCUCAUAAUUUCAUUUAGCCCUCAGUCUUACAGAGGGUUGGUCUUGUGCUGCUGAGAUAAUGAAGAACUUAGAAAUGAGCUUGUCACAUCUGUGAGAAUAGGGACAAACUGGCCCUUGGACUCCAGCUUCAAGGAACAUCUCUGAGUUGGCCAAAAUGCAAUGCAGUCCUGAGGCUCUAAAUAGGAAGUCAGCUCAGCUGUGCCAGGAGGGCUGACUCUAGCCGUGUGUUUUUGACUGGGAAAUACUUGAAAUAUUUUCCAUAUAUUCUGCUUACUAAUAUUUCUACUUUUCUAUAAAUGAAAAUAAAGGAGACUGGAGAUAUUCUCCCAA